AUGGCCCAAAUGUUCCAAGAUAUGGCUAGGCAGUUCAUCGCAGCCAUAACUGACUUCAUAGGCGAGGCACCUCGCGGCGUGGAGCAAGGUUGCCCAUUCAAAAGAUUUGAAAGGCUUAACAUCCCUAUGUUUAAUGGGAAACAAGGUCCUAUAGAAUCUGAAAAUUGGCUAGUAGACGUUGAAGAAAUAUUACAGCUGGCAGGAUGUACAGAGGAACAAAAGGAGUUCCUUCAGCAUUACUUCCCUAAAAUCCUCAGAGACGUUAGAGCACGGGAAUUUAUGAAACUCACCCAACGGAAUAUGACGGUCGCUCAGUACGCUGCUCGUUUUAAUGAAUUAGCUCGAUUUGCGCGAUACUUAGUAGCAGAUGAAGAAAACCAAGUGUGGAAGUUCGAACAGGGCCUCAAUCAACGAAUUCUUGAUCAGGUCAUAUGUUUUGAAAUCAAAGAUUUUGUGGAAAUGGUUAACAAGGCUUCUUUGGCAGAAGACAGUAUUAAGAAGAAUGCUAUGGCAAUGAUGGAUUAG